AUGAUCAAGUCGCACUUAACGACGAGCCUCAUUGGCCUCGUCUCUCUGUUCAUCGUGAUUGCGCGAUGUGCCUCAUUCCAAUCGCACGCUGGCUUCAGAAGCGUCCAACAGCCUCUACAGAUCCCUUCCCAGCCUCUCACUGAAACACGCAAGGGGAAUGAUUCGAUCUCCUUCAACCUGAUCGACCUUCUUUCGCAGUCGCCAGAACACACCAUCCUGGUUCGCCUACUGCAAAGGACACGACUCGUUCCGACACUGAACCGGUUGCAGGAAUUCGACAAUGGCACUGGUCUUACUAUCCUCGCGCCAACCAAUGACGCUUUCUACCGCAAGAAAGAGGAGCAAGCAGCGCGUCGAGACUCGACGAUGGGGGCAGCCUCCGACUCGCCUACCUUCUGGCAGUAUCUCCUCGAUGACGAGUGGCAAGCACGGGACGAGUCUUCGGUCGUCUCAACGCAGUGUGUCUGGAACAAUGGCGUCUGCCUGGCAGCCGGCAAUGUCAAUGCCGUGGCUCGCCAGCACUUGCUCUACCACGUGUUCAACUACACCCUUCCUUUUAGUUUGAGCGACGAUACCGGCGCUCAUUCCCCAUCUGGCCCUCCUCCCGAGCCAGGCAGGCCGCAGAUGCAGACGACACUACACUUUCCGUCUCGUCGUAUGCUGACGGAGCCCACCCACCCGGGCCGUGUACCCGUUCCUGACGAGGAGGAUCAUGGAGGUCUGCUCGGCCACCAUGGCCAACGAAUGCGUGUCGCCCUCGAACGGGACACUAAUGCAGACGAUGCGGGCAUUAUGUCUUACUUACGCAGCUCAAAGCCAAAGCACAGGGCCCUUUACUUUGGCACAGAUGAGACGGGUCGCGGAGGUGCCAAAUCACUGGCCGAGGACUGGCGAUCCAGGAGCGGCGUGAUCCACUACAUUGACUCGGUCGUCGACCUGCCGCCUUCCUUGGACCAAGUCAUCUUGACGCAUCCCCGUCUCGAAACUUUGCGGCGUCUUGUCGGCAAUGAGACCCUCAAGAGUCUUUCCACGGUUCCACACCUUACCCUCUUCUUGCCCACCUCCGAAGCCUUCGACAAACUCAGUGUGCUCGAGUCCACCUACAUCUUCGGCACCUACGAGCAAGCCGCUCUACAUCGACUCAAGCUUCUUGGCUGGCACAUGUCUGGGAGCGGAUUGGGCGACCGCUCUCCAGCCUAUUCGGCAACUCUUCGCGCCGCAGGAGAUGUCACUCUUCCGACCGCGCUGGGUGGUUCUAUCACGGUACGGACGGAGGAUGGCGACAUCAAAGUCAUGGAAGCUCGAGUUUUGCAAGAGGACAUUUUGACCGAGAACGGCGUCAUUCAUCUCAUCGACGACCUGAUCCUGCCCUUCGGCGACCUUGACAUGACCAUCGAGGCCAAUCUCUUGGCACUCAACGCUUCGCGUUUCGUCGAUCUCAUCUAUGAAGCAGGCUUGCAACAAUACAUCAACAAGCCAGCACACCUGCAAAGGCGUGACCAGGACCACUUCACUUUCCUCGCCCCUCGUGACGAUGUCAUUGACUCGUGGUAUCCUGGUCAUAUUCCUCUGGAGCCCAGCAGCGAUGCGAAUGUACGUCUGUCCCGCGAGUAUCGCAAGGGACCGGCUCUCGAGGAGAUCGUUCGCUACCACAUCCUUCCUGGUCAAGUACGACCUGGCGAUCUCACGAGCGGCAUGCUGCUCAAUACCGAGCUCUUUGACUGGAAGCUGAGAGAAGGCCGGCAGAAGAUGCCUGUUACAGUCGGCGACUCGACCGCCGCCGAUCGAAAGGGCAACGGCGACGUUGCCUUUGGGGACGCCAACGUGCUCAGGGAACCUGUCGACAUCAAAGACACAGCUAUCAUCUACGUCGUCUCCCAGCUUCUUCAGCCUCCCUCGGACCCGGUCCAGACUGCGGUCUCCUACCUUUCCCUCUCGACCUUUGUGGCUACCGUCUUCAGCGCGGACCUCAAGAAGGCUGUCGAGCGUGCUCCGGGCGUCACUUACCUCGUGCCCACCAACGAUGCCUUCACCGGCCUCGGUCUUGCCAUGAACUACAUGCUUCUUCCCGACUCGCAGCACCUCUUGCAGGCACUCGUCGAGUAUCAUGCCAUCGACAAGAUCGCUUACAAAUCGGAUUUCACCGAGCAAGAAAGCGAGUACCCAACGCUGCUCCCCACACUCGGCGCCAAGCUAGCCAUCAGAAAGCAAAAGAACGGAGCCGUCGUCGUUCACAAGUCGGGCUUCUCGAACGGCACCGUCUCGCUCGUACUCAAAGGCGACAUUCUCACCAACACCGGCGUGAUUCACGAGGUGGAUCGUGUUCAGAUCCCCUUUGAUCUCACCAUCCGCGAUCUCCUCAAAGGCGCCAAGGCCGAUACGAUGGAAGACCUCAUGGUUCAAGCAGGGUACGAAUACAUCCUGGACAGCAAAAUUCCGCAGAACGAGACCGUCGAGUCCAGCACGGGCUACAUGGUGCUGGUGCCGACGGACAGCGCUUUCACUAAACUCAAUCUUUCCGCGGUUCUCGAGGACCGCGACCUCCUCGAAAGGCUGGUGCAGCAGCACAUCAUCCCGCUCACCGACGACAGGGCUCUAGACGCCCUGCUUCCGGAUGGUCGAGGGGACGACAUCGGCAUGAAGGACGAGGGCUCCUUCCCUACUCUGCUUGAUCGAUCGCAGGGUGGACCGAGCGCGUACGGCCAAGUCAGCUUCCGCAGAGUUGCGUCCGGCAGUACUGCACGCUAUCGACGCAGACCGUACCAUGGCUUGAGCUCGGACGAUCCGGAUGACGAAGGACUCGGAUGGCUCGUUGGCAUCAAGAACACGCGAGGCACGACGGCGACUCGACACUCCGCCAAGGUGACGGCGUUCGGCCGCGAAGCUCGCGCUGUCAGGGGCGCCGUGCACCUGGAGCGAGCGCCAAUAGGCGGCGUGUAUCAGAUCGACACGGUCCUCGCUCCUUACGAGCCUAAUUGGUUCUACAGAUGGGGCUGGAUCACCUUGACUUGCGCGUUGGUCGCGGCUUUGUUUGCCAUUGGCGGUUUCUACGCCGUGCGAUUCUGGAGGGGCGGCAACCGUAUCAAGCUUCCAGAAGCCCUUGAGGGCGAGGAGGAGUGA